AAUGUCAAUUACAGACCCUGUAUUCAAUAAAAAUUAGGUACUUAUUUCGUUGCCUUUGCGAUAAUUAAGCUGCAUUUCGACUGCAGCUACCCACUAGUGAAGUAAAGUUGGUUUGGCUAAGACAUUUCUCAUUGCUUUGGGAUAAACUUUCUCAUUGUUUUAAACAUUUAAAAAAAAAAAGGCAUAAAUUUCAAAUAAUAAAUAAAUAAUUAUUUUUUAAUAAAUUUGUUAUCAUAACGAAAUAAGAAGCGAAAUUCAUAUUGUAAAAAAAAUGUUGAUAAAAAUUUAUGUUACACGGAUUUGAAUGUCACGUUCGGUUUCCGAUUUUCUUAUUCCGACCGUAGGAUGCAGUUUUUUGAAAAAACAAAGUUUUAAAUAUAAAAAGGAUAGCUGUAUAAAAAAGUGAAACUUGAUAUUUAUUUCUUGAUAUCUGCAAGUCUGUAUUUAAAGAAAUUUAAUCGCCUAGUUAAUUAAUCCGAAACGUUGACAAUAAUGAGAACUUGGGCCUCUGGUAGUAACAAUAUUUCACAUCAAUUAUUGAAACGUGAGAACAACAUCGAAAAUGGCAAUAUUCCGCAGGACUUUAUGUCCAAUUUGUAUCGUUCCCGUUUUAGCGUUGCUAAAAAUUUGUACAAAACUGAUUUGGUGGCACAUUACGGUUGUGUAAAUGCUCUGGAGUUCUCCAAUGGUGAUAGCAAAUUUCUCGCUUCUGGUGGCGAUGACAGACGUGUCCUUAUAUGGGAUAUAGAGAAAUCACUGGCUGGAUUGGGUACUCCCCGUUGUCACCUUACUGAGCAUAAUAGUAAUAUAUUUUGUUUAGCAUUUGAUAAACCAAAUCGUAAAAUUUUAUCUGGCAGUAAUGAUAAUCUUGUUUUAGUGCACGACCUGGAAAGCACAAAGUUGGAUAAAGUUUUUAUACUUGAAAAGCCAGUAUAUGGACUUUGUGUUGAUCCAAAAUGUGAACACGUUUUUGCAAGUGCUUGUGAAGAUGGUCAAGUCCUAAUAUAUGAUCAACGACAAAAUGACGAUCCAUUUGUUUUGGCAUCUCUAUCGGCCUCAAUACAUGCGGUGGAGUACCAUCCUAUUGAUAGCAAUUUUCUAAUAAGUGCAAAUUCUACAAAAGGUUCUGCUCUAUGGGAUCUUCGUAAACCCAAUAAUGCUGUUUUGCAAUAUGGUAAAGAAGAGAAAUCAACGAGUUGCAUGAGUGUACGGUUUAACUAUAAUGGCACUCUAGUUUUAUCAUUGUCUCGUCGUCUCCCACCAAUACUGUAUAACAAAAAUUCUCCAAUACCUGUUUGCACUUUUUACAGUAAAACAUAUUAUAAUUCGUGCACAAUGAAAAGCUGUACAUUUGCAGGAACAGAUGAUGAGCUAAUUAUGUCCGGUUCAGACGACUUCAACUUAUAUGCAUGGCGUUUAACCGAUAUUGAUGUGGAAGGUGUAAAUCAAUGGGUUGAAAACCCACAAAUGGUUUUAUAUGGUCACCGAUCUAUUGUUAAUCAAGUACGAUAUAACCGUGAAAAAUGUCUUAUAGCUUCCUCAGGAGUUGAUAAAUCCAUAAAGAUUUGGAGUCCAUUUCAGCAAAGUAAUUGGUCUGGUUCAUUGCUCAAAAGAGCUUCUUGUUCAGAUGACCCUCGUCCUAUUUAUCGUUGUGGAAACAUACCAGAUAUGGGUGUACUGGUUAAUAAUCCUAAUAAUAAUACAACUAGAGAAGAUCCGCGAAUGUUGGCAUUUUUUGAUAAUUUGGUACAACAGGAAAUUGAACAAUGGGGGACUGCUUCAUCUUCAUCUGAAGAUUCAUCAUCAACAGAUACGGGUUACAGUUUUUCGUCAGUUGAGAACGAAAAAUCAAAUCGUAUAACAUAUCUAAUUGCCACCAAGCGAGAAACGCUUCGUCAAAAGGCAAUUAAACAUGCGUCAUUUGGCAGUGCCACUUUAAAAAGACUCAAAAAACACAAAAAAAAUACAUCUGAUGAUAACGUUAAUAAACAAUGUAACAACUCUCUUCCGCUUAAUAAUGAUACAAUCGUUGAGGAACCUCCAACUACAAGUACUGGCAUUAUCACUAAAGAUAACACAAAACGUAUACCCGCAAAAAAGUUAAAAUUAGGAAAUUCUUUUAAUCGAAACAACGAGCAGAGGUUUGCAGCAAGUAACGCUGGAGUUAGUAAAUCGACUGCGGAUAUUCAAAAUAUUACUAGCAUAAACUCAGCUAACAAUAAUGUUAGCUAUUCACAUAGUGAAAAUAGAAAACAUACUGCUAUGAAACGCCCGCACCGACAAAGCCGCAUUAAAGCCCGCUGCUACCGUAAAAACAAUAUUCAAGAGUCUGAUAGUGAAUAAGUUUUAGUUUAUAUGUAUUCAUACGUUUUUUGCAUAUUAUAUAUCUUGUAUUAAUUAUUUAAACUACAUAUAUAUA